AUGGCACAAUCAAUUGAGCUUACAGCGCCCAAUGGCGUGAAGUGGACGCAACCAACUGGCCUCUUCAUCAACAACGAAUUUGUUCCCUCGAAGUCUGGCUCAACACUAGAAUCAAUAAAUCCAUACGACGAAUCUGUUAUCGCAAAGGUCUCCGCCGGUAGCGAAGAGGACGUAGACGCUGCAGUCGCUGCAGCACGCGCAGCUUUCAAGUCGUCAGCAUGGCGCGAUUUGUCUGCCGCCGAACGCGGCCAAUUACUCUGGAAGCUCGGUGACCUUUGCGAGAAGAACAGCCAUAUACUUGCUACUAUCGAUGCUUGGGACAACGGCAAGCCUUACCAGCAAGCUAUGGACGAAGAUGUUGCAGAGACUAUCUCGGUAUUCAGAUAUUACGCUGGGUGGGCGGAUAAGGUAUAUGGACAGACAAUUGAGACGAGCAACGCGAAGUUGGCGUAUACGAAGCAUGAGCCAGUUGGUGUCUGUGGACAGAUCAUACCGUGGAACUUUCCCGUCAUGAUGGCUGCCUGGAAACUUGGCCCAGCACUGGCUUGUGGUAACACAGUUGUGCUGAAGCCGGCAGAGCAGACACCUCUUGGUGCCUUAUUUCUUGCUACUCUGACCAAAGAGGCUGGUUUUCCUCCAGGUGUAGUCAACAUCGUCAACGGUUACGGCAAGAGCGCUGGCUCGCGACUUUCCGAGCACCCAAAUGUUGACAAGAUUGCCUUCACUGGAAGCACCAUUACCGGCCGAAAUAUCAUGAAGGCUGCCGCCAAUAACUUGAAGAACAUUACACUGGAGACCGGCGGCAAGAGUCCUCUUCUCGUAUUCGACGACUGCGACCUCGACCAGGCUGUAAAGUGGUCACACAUGGGCAUAAUGGGUAACAUGGGUCAAGUCUGCACAGCGACAUCGCGUCUUUAUGUCCAAGACACCAUCUACGACAAAUUCCUCGAAGCUUUCAAGAAGCAGACGAAAGAGGGCACUAAGAUUGGCUCACAGUUCGACACUGAGACCAAUCAUGGACCUCAAAUCAGUAAAGCUGCCCAGGAGAAGAUUCUUUCUUAUCUUGAUACGGCGAAGUCCGAUGGCGCCGAGCUCAUCUAUGGCGGCAAGCAAGAAGGUAUCCCGGAGAAGGGAUACUUCGUUGAGCCGACUGUGUUUGCCAAUUGCAACAAUGAUAUGAAGAUUGUACGAGAAGAGAUCUUUGGUCCGUUUGUAGUUAUCCAGAGCUUCAAGACUGAAGACGAAGCGGUCGAGAAGGCGAAUGAUACCGAGUUUGGAUUGGGUGCGGCUGUGUUCACCAAAGAUAUUAUGAGGGGACACCGUGUCGCUGGUGCAAUCGAGGCGGGUAUGGUCUGGAUCAAUAGUUCGCAAGACUCACAUUUUGGUAUCCCCUUCGGUGGCUACAAGCAGAGCGGUAUCGGCAGGGAGCUCGGAGCGUACGCGUUGUCUUCCUAUACUCAGGUCAAGGCUGUCCACGUCAACCUGGGUACCUUCUUAUAG